UCGUUCUUGAACGAAUGAGUUUAACAAACCAAGGCGUGAAGAGACGUGCUGAUGAGCUGUCAUCUGAAUGCAGUGAAAUGAAAUAUACCAAACGUGCUGCAACAAAAAGGACAUACCAAAACCAAAUCGAUCCGAACCAUGACUCAAGUUUUCGACCACCUCCAACACGAAGAGUCAUGGUUCGGAAAAGGAAUAUCAAACACUCAAAUCUUAAUGAAAAUAGAAUUUGGAAUGACAUUAUAAAUCAAUCAAACAAAAGAAAUUCUAAAAGAUACAAGAAAACAUCUAUACCGAAGCAAAACAGUUUCAUACAGCAUGACUCAAGUAACAGCGCAGCUGCACCAAAAAUUCACAAACCCACCGUGAGACAAAUGUUGGAACGAGCCAAUUUUCAACCGGUACUGCAAGGAAAAAAAAUUAAUGACGAAUUGGAACUUGUUUGCAGAGUGGAUUGGCCAUCAUAUGUCAGAAAAUAUCUAUCUCCAUCUGCUACCAUCACUAAGUUGCCAAUUGUCACUGAGGUGCCGUUUGUCACGGACCUAUCGUCGAUCAAUGGGUCGUCAUCUGUCAGAGAGGUAUCAUUUAUCACAGAGUCAUCAGCUGUCAGUGAGUUGACAACUGUCACUUUACCUAACGCUGUCGACAUAUUACACACUGACAGUGAUGACUCCAGACGCACAGAUGAUACCUACUGUAUCAGGAAAAAACCCAGACACCAAACAAGAUAUAUUACAUCUACACCCUAAAGACCAGAAUGAAUUUAAAAUUAUUUUUGUAUGGUAUUGAUAAUAAAUAAAGCACUUGCAUGAUAUGAAAAA